AUGAUCAUCGCCCACCGCAUCGGUCCCAGUUCCAAACAGCGGCAACACAACGACACCAUGGCUGACGCUUCUACGGACCAAGGAGGAGACGGGGGCACGGAAUCCAAAAACUAUUCUCGGACCCCAACCUCGUGGGACCAGCUGGAUGACAUUUUGUUGAUGCAUUUGAAAGACCAGCAAAAGUUGGGGUGGAAAGAGAUCGCCAGUAACUUCCACAACAGAACUCCCAACGCCUGUCAAUUCAGAUGGCGGCGGCUCAAGCUGGGCAACCUUAAGAAUCCGCCGAAACUGGCGUCUCCAGGACAUAAUCCACCUUCGACGUCAACUGGGUCCUCGGUCAAACGACAACGAAAGAACAAAGACGACUUUUCCACGGCUUCUCCGUUCUCCCCGGUGGCUCUGGCCACUUUUACAGGCUACGACAACAAUAUCUCGUCGGCAUUGGCCGGUCUAAACGCACUUUCCCACACUACCAGUCCGAUGCCUCCAGCAUUCGAGUCGACGUCGUCAGACUUUGAGCCAGUGACCGCCCGAAUUGAACCCAAUCUCGACCCCCAGCUGUCUCAGGGAGCCUCGAGCAACGGCGGCGGAUACUAUGCCGAAAUCCUGGUCGAUCCCACCAUGAAUCUCCCUCAUAACCAGCCGGGCCAUCCUCCGGCUCUCACGCCUCGAAACUCAACCUCGCAACAGGGCCACCAUAGCCGGUCCAAUUCCACCCUGGCGGUGCCUGUGCACAACAACUCCAUCAUCCAGAUCAUCAAGGACGACCGCAACUCGAUUCUGUCAUCGCGGUCACUGGUCCUGUCGCUUCCUUCCAAGUCGAUGACAUUCCCGCAUCACCGUCUGAACUCGCUAGCCCACAUGCCGGUGCUUUUUGGCGGCACCAGCGUCUCUGGACCGUCUCGGAACCCGAGUGUGAGCGCUCCUACUACCGUUCCAAGUUUGCGCAAUGGCAGUGUUUCCGGUGGUUCGGGCUACUUUAGUCGGUCCGGUUCGGUGGUAAUUCCUCAUGCCACCGACGAAAAGGAAAAGAAAAAGAAGACCCCCAAAAAGGACUCUUCCGACCCCAAGACUACCCCGAAAAAAACAAAGUCCUCCAAGUCCAUGCUUCAUAUUCCAUGGCUGAUAGAAGAGGACGAGCUUCUUGUGAACCGCCGGAAUCGAGAACUUUCGUUUGCUGAGCUCCUGAUACUUCUUCCACAGCGUACCGAGGGCGAGAUCUGGACCCGAAUAGACUACUUGGAGCGCCUCAGAAACGGACUGCGUUCUUCUCCUCGCACAGGUGGACGGCGACGCCAAUCGUCUAUUGGCCUCGACGAUGUGGACGAUUUCUACGCUGGUGUGGAAGAUGUCAUCGAAACAGACAGCGACGACGAUGUGCUUGUGGAUGUGGAGACGAUAGAGAGAGCAAAACGCAAGCGGCGAACGUCGUCGUCGGUGAACCCAUUGACUAUGAAAUGA